AUGUCGCCGGUGGAUAUUUUUUUAUUUCACGAUGGAGAUGAUUUAUUAAAUAUCGAGUCCGUUUGUGAGAUUGAUUUUCUAUCAAAACCACUCAAGAUUUAUAAAGAUUUCGCUAAGUUAUCCGAUGACAUUCGAAAUAUAGACGAUCAUCAACAAGUUCUUCUUAUUACAUUGGAUCGUUCGUGUCGUCAAAUGUUGGAUAUGAAACAAAUCGUACUUAGUUACACCAUUGAAUUUCAACCAUUACCAGCUGGAGAAAUUACACCAGAAGAAAGAGAAAAAUGUAUAUCCUAUUCAUCGACUGUAAUUCCUGCGAUGUAUUCAAAAAAACGGAGCGAUAUAACAGUCACAACUUGGUUCACGAAAAGAACAAAUCUGAACAAUUCGCAUCUCCUAACCGCUUCAGUUCUUAUUGGAAACAUUCUUUUCUCUUUGAAUGAAAUAGAAGCGAGUACUUACUGGCUUCUCUUUCUCAGUCAAAUAAUUAAAAAUGUUCAUCAAGAUAAUUUAUUAUUAACUUUGCGAAAUCGAUUGAUCAAUUUUUAUAUGAAAUUCUUAAGAAGAUUGUUGCAAUCGCAUCCUAAAGAACAUGAACUUACAAUGAAUGGAUAUCGAUUCCUUUCUCAACUUCAUAUACUUCGUUGCGAAGAUCUUUUCCUCAUCAAAUCAUAUAAUUCUUUGAUAGGUGGAUUCCUAAAAAAACAUGAUAUCAAAGAUCACUUUUAUGUACUCAGCUUAGCUGCUAAGUUUAACGAACGCACAGAAAAGACUUGCAAAUCAUUAGCAUUAAAUAUUUACCUUCAGGUAAUAACCAAAACGCAAUCUAUGGAAACUCCUGAUCAAAAAAUUCCUCAUGACAAACUCGGAUGUAUUUUCUCCACAGUUUCUGUGAUUUAUAAAGAAAGAGAAAUGUACGGCAUGGCCCUUCAUUAUGCUAAUCAAGCUAUGCAACAAUAUUACAAACACGAUCCAUGUUCUCCGCCGGUCGAUGUUUAUGCACUUCGAGCAGUUCUUCAAGCGAUGCUUUGGAAAGUAACUAAAUCGCAAGUUCACCUUAGUGCAAGUUUAGAUGAUUUAAAAGAAAUUGAUAAAAAUGAACGCUGUACAGAUAAGAAUUUUUUGUUUAACAUGUUUGUUAUCUAUGUUGAUUUAAAACGAUAUCCAUCUGCAUUGGACUGUCUUGAUCGAGCGUUACUUCAAUCUGGCAAUGAUUCUCAACGCAUUAUUGAAAUAUAUCGUGGACGUGGUUUACUUUAUUUUCUAUUAGAGCAAUUUGAUUUAGCCGUAGACAACUCUUAUAAAGCUCUUCAAUCUUGUUCCGAAACAAAUCAACAAGGUCAAGCGAUUAUGCAUGUCGCUUUAGCGAUCAUCUAUGAACGGUUACAGAAUUGGAAUCAAGUUAUAGAACAUAUUCAACGAGCCUUAUUGAUAUAUGAACUAAAUAAUGAAAACAAAGCAUUUUUUGAAAAUUAUCCAUUAGCUGAAAUCAGUCAUCGCCGUUUGGUAAUAGCUUAUGAGAAAACUCAAAAUAUACAAUUGAUGAAUACUCAUAAGCAACAAGCCAUUAUUGAAAAAGAACGAACAGUUCGAUUGAAUAUUCCAACCUACUUCAAUGAUAUGUAUCCGUUCACUAUGAUGUGUUCUGUUCGACAAGUUCAACUCAGUAACGAUUUUGAAAUUCCACAUGAACUCUCAAUUUGA